AUCACGCGUCCCAACUUGCAAGCCAACUUCCGAUUCUGUACCCCUAAAUACGGGCACUCAUUUCGAUGAUUCGAAAUGUAAGUGUUACCCACACAUAUGAUAAGGGAUACUGAAUUUCACAUAUGCCAGUGGGUGCCGGAGGGCUCUUUCAUUUGUGUAUUCUGUUUCUGACUUGCAUUUUUUACCAUUCACUACUCGUACCAGGCGAACACGGCCAGAAUCAUCCCAGCAUACGAAAGGAGGGACUUAAUGAAGCCUGGUUCGAACACAAGUUUAUGAAUCACAGCCAACGCGCCAGUACGAAAACGUUCGGGAUACCAUUACAUCCAUCGGUGUCCCUUUUCCCCGUGGAUGCCCGAAGUUAUAGUCUACCCAUAGAGCUUGUCCUACAACGUUUGGGGUUCUGACCGCUGACACAGUCUGAUGAAAAGUACCAAUCACAUUUUUUGAUAGCUUGGAAGGUGUAGAGUAGAUGAGCGUGCAAAGAUGAUGCAAAAAAUUAUCAUUAUCAUCCCU